UUAAAAAAAGUUUUCACACGACCGACACUUGCAAUCUUAAUCUAUAUAUAUAGAGUCGCUCAAUAAUUUUCAUUUUGAAUUUGAGUUUCUUUCUUGUUCUGUUUCUCGUUUAUUUCAGAGCCCGCAUAGUUAGGGUUUACAAAUCUUGGAAAUUCGAUCAUGGCGUUAGAGAAGACUAAAGAGAUUGUAGCUUCCAAUCCCGUCACCGUCUUCAGCAAGAGUUACUGUCCAUACUGCGUUCAGGUGAAGAGAUUGUUGACUAAACUGGGAGCCAGUUUUAAGGCUGUUGAAUUGGAUAUUGAGAGUGAUGGAAGGGAUGUACAAGCAGCACUUGCUCAGUUUACUGGACAGCGGACCGUGCCCAAUGUGUUCAUAGGUGGGAAGCACAUUGGUGGCUGUGAUGAUACGGUGGCACUGAAUGGUAAAGGAGGACUGGUUCCUAUGCUGGCUGAAGCGGGAGCAAUUGCCAAAGUUUCUGCUUAGAGAAGGAGUCUCUCGUUUAUGUCAUUACAUAGUGCAAUUAGAUAAAUAAACCUUGUGGUUUUCUUGCUCUACUGUUGCCAUUUUCAUUUCUACUAAAAAAUGCUUUCGCAGUGGACCUUUUAGAUGUCUGCAGAAAUAACUGGAAGGAUGCUUCCUUUGCAUCUAAUGAUAAACGUCUGGGGUUUACUAUCAUCUUUUUUUUUUUUUUUUUUUUAACUCCCUUUAAUAACCAACAAGAGUUGGUGUAAUCUGAAAUUUAAAUAGAAAAUUAUUGUACACAAGUACGUUGUAUGAAAGUAGACAUUUGAUUUGGUGUUUA